AUGGUGACUGUGAUGCUAUUAUCCCUGGUUUUGUUUCUGCUGGGUUUGCAGUUCCUGAGACUGCAAUGGAGAAGUCGCCGGUUUCCUCCUGGCCCGAUCCCGUUUCCCAUCAUUGGAAGCAUGUGGUGGGUAAAUUUUAGAGCUGACCAUGGGAGCCUGAAAAAGCUAGCAAAAACCUAUGGGAACAUCUGUACCCUGUGGCUGGGCCACAAACCUGUCGUGGUGCUGUAUGGCUUCAAAGCGGUGAAAGAUGGUCUCACCACCAACUCAGAGGAUGUUUCUGGGCGGCUACAGACCCACUUGUUUAACAGAUUUUCUUCUGGAAAAGGUAUCCUGGUUUCAAAUGGUCUCAUCUGGAAAGAUCAGAGACGUUUUGGAAUUGCGACUCUCCGGAAACUGGGAAUGGGGAAUAAAGGGAUGGAACGUGGGAUACAAACCGAGGCCCGGCACCUGGUGGAGUUCUUCAGGAGCACAGAUGGAAGAGCUGUUAACCCUUCCUUCCCCAUCGUUCACGUGGUCUCCAAUGUGAUCUGUGCUGUGGUGUUUGGGCAUCGUUUCUCCCUGCAGGAUGAGACUUUCCGCCAGCUGAUGGAAGCAUACAAUGAGAUUGUGGCUUUUGGGAACAGCUACGUUUACUAUAUAUUUGAAGUUCUCCCAUGGCCUUUAGGGCACCUCCCAGGACCCAUACGAAAAAUAGAAUCUUGCUGUAAUUUUAUUCGUUCUUUCAUAAGGCAGGAGAUCAAAAGUCAUAGGGAGAGAUGCAGAGUGGAUGAACCAAAAGAUUUCAUUGACUUUUACCUGGAUCAGAUGGAGAAAACUAAAAAUGUCCCAAAUUCUACCUAUGACGAAGAAAACAUGUUACAGUCUGUUUUUGAUCUCUUCCUGGGUGGCUCAGAGACCACCGCCACCACUCUACGUUGGGCACUGCUCUACAUGGUGGCUUAUCCAGACGUCCAAGAGAAAGUCCAAAAGGAGCUGGAUGCUGUUCUGGGUUCUUCCCACCAAAUCGACUACGAGGAUCGGAAGAAACUGCCUUACACAAAUGCUGUGAUUCAUGAGAUCAUCCGCUUUAGCAGCAUUAUUUUAAUCACCAUUCCUAGACAAGCAGUGAAGGAUACAACCCUUUUGGGUUAUCAGGUUCCGAAGGGUACCAUCAUCAUGGCAAACAUAGACUCAACUCUUUUUGACCCUGAGUAUUGGGAGACCCCUCACCAGUUCAACCCUGGUCAUUUCUUGGACAAGGAUGGGAAUUUUGUGAUCCGAGAGGCGUUCCUAGCCUUCUCAGCAGGUCAUCGUGUGUGCCUGGGAGAGGUGAUGGCCAAGAUGGAGCUUUUCAUCAUCUUCUGCAGCCUGCUGCAGACAUUCAAGUUCACCCCACCAGAAGGAGAUAAGGAGAUCAACCUGAGCUUUGUCUUUGGGAGCACGAUGAAACCUCACCCAUAUAAACUCUGUGCAGUUCUUCGCUAG